AUGAUUUAAAUUUCCCUACUAAAUAUAUUCAAACACUCUAAGGAAUGGGUUGACGGUUGUUUUAAAGCAAUUGAAGAAUACGCAUAAAUUCCAAAUCAAGGAUAAUGGAAAAUAUGUUGCCUUGGAUUUUUAAUGGAAACUGUUUUAACUGAAAUCUCAGAACCAGAUUUUGAUAUCGACGAUAAGUGUUAUGCUUUCAUAAUAUUUCUUUAACAUGCAGAAAACGAGAAAUUAGUAAGGGCUGUCAUGAAAAAAGUAGGAUAAAUCUAGUAACAAUUAGGACAUAGAAUGAAAUCUGCAAACCAACUCAAUUAGCUAAUUGAAGAAACUGUAUUAAAAUUAUACCAAGAAGAGGUUUAAAAGAAUUCAGAUGAAUUUCAUUAUCAAAAUGUUGCCAUCGAAUUAUAAGAGAAGGGCAGCUAAGCAAGGAAGGGAUCAAAACCAAAAAUGUCAUUAAUGGCAAUGAACAUCCUUUAAUCUUAGACCUUAUCUUCUAAAAUGUCCUCCAAGUAGUAGCUCAUGAAUGAUCAUGUAAAUAAUAGCAAUUCAGAUGACUCCAUAAAGGGAGGUGAUGUGAACAUCGAUGAAAUUUUAAUCUAACACAAACCAAGAAUUGAUUCAGAGUAAAGUGAAUAUCUAGCAGACAUAGAUGCACUAUAAAACUUGUUUUCUUAUAUUACUAAUCCUGUGGCAACAGAACCUGGAUUGAUCUUUGCUACAGAUACCUUAGCAAACGACAUUCAAUAGCCUUGUGAUGAUAAUCAAUACAAAUAACAUGUAAUCAAACCUGAUAAAUUGACUACUCUUAGAUCCUAUAAAGCUAUGUUAUUCCUAACAGAUUACCAUAAUCAUCAAAUGAUCAUGUAAAUCAACUAACAUACCAUGCAAAUUGCUUUUCGCAGUAUCUCUGGAUUUUUUCAAAAUUCAUAAUCAAGUGGAAAUCUAACCCAUAUUAUUGGUCUACUCUAAUUUUAUUUAAAGUAUGAAUUGAAAGAAACCGUCUAUAAUUUUCUCUACUUUUAAUUUCACCAACAAUUUUUAGAUUAUCUUUAUAAUUCCCACUAUUUAGAAUUCCUAUUGCGAUUUAUGGAUCCCAAUUAUUCAAAAAUUCCUUAGGAUUUAAGGAAUUAUAUUUGGUAAUUCCUAAAUCGUUAAGGAUAUGUUUCCCUUCUUGUAAGUAAAAUUACAAAUAAUGAAAAAGAGGGGGUGUAUCACAAAAGGAGAGAUAUUUCAAAAGAAGCAUAUUAAUUUUUAAAACAUAUCAAUGACUAUAAAUUACAAUUAAUUCAAGACGAUGAUUAGGCUGCCAUCACUUAUUCAAUUAGUAGCAACAUAGAUCAAUACCUGGGUCCAUUGAUUCCAGGAAAAACAUUGAUUUAAAAUAAGCAACUCCUAGAGAGAAAAAUGCUGCUAAGUUCAAACCUCAGAAGAAGCUCAGACUUAUCAAGUUUAGCUAGAUAAAUCAAUAAAGUUAUUAUUUAAGAAUAUAUUGAUUUAUCUGAAUUAAAUCAAUCAGGAAGAGAUAUAGACAGAUUAUAGGAUGUAGUUUAAUUUUAUAGGGAAAUUAGUACUCCAGCAGAGACUCCAACUCUAUAUAAUGUAUACAGACAAGCAUCAGAAGGGAUGAAAAAUAUGUAAUUUGGAUAGAGAUCAUAAAGAUCCCAAGUAACAGAACCUCCCUUAAAUAUUAUUUAAUUACAAAACUCCAUUAAACUACCAUCUUUAAAUAUUUAACCUCCAAACAUAAUAACUGAAUUAACUGCAACCAAAAAUACUUAACGUAAACAAAAGUCUAUGACAUUUUCCGAAAACAAUCCAACCUAAUCUGCUAGUAAGAGAUCUGAUCAACCUUAGUAUAUGAGUUUAGUCGGUACUAAUGAUUUUUCAACUGCAAGGUAAAUUAAUUUAACCUAAACACCAACUUCUUAGGCUAAACUAUUUGUUUAUUAUCCAAACUAAGAUAAUAGUGUUGUAGAUACAAUAAUGAAAGAAGAAUAUGCAAAAUAUGAAACUUAAAAUGAUGAAACAACAUCAUUAAGAAAUAGCAAUCUAUUAAAGAUUAUAGUUUAAUCUAUGCAAAAUUUUGAAUAUCAUUAUGCAUUCGAUGAACUCCUAGAUGAUUAGUAUAUCUUAUUAGAAAAACUAUUUAAUCAUUAUUCUCUUACACAAACUGCAUUGUUUUAAAGUUCAUAUGAAGAAAAUAGCUCAAAUAAUUGUUAGAUUAUCCUUAUUCACCUCAUUCAAAGGAUUAAUAAAAAACCCAUGAAUGAAAAAUUAACCAAACUUUAUUUAACAUAUCUACCAAGAAUUUGCAGAAAUUUAACGAAUAUGCAUAAAAUGCAGAAUGAAAAAAACAGUAGAGAAGAAUGUUUUUCUAAUUAAAAUCAUAUUGGAAGUAUAAGAAUUUUUAGCACAUAAAUAAUUGACUUAAUUUUAAGAAAUUUCAAACAGAGAAAUCAUAGAAUUUAUUUAAAACUCAAUGAUACCUCUACAUUUAAUCUAAAUGAAUAAUUUCAUCAAUUACCUAAUCCUUUUUAUUAAUAGAUAUUUUAUUCUAUUAUGAAAUAAUUAUGUUUAUUUUCUUAAGAAAAGCAAGUUUAAGCUUUAUUAUUUAAAGCCAAUCUAUUGGAAGGAAUCAGUUAAGCAUUUCAUAAAAAUGUAGUCAACAAAGUAAUAGUAAAGUAAGGGAAUGUAGAGGCAUACCUACUUCAUUUAGCUUUGCUAAGUUAAUUAAUUAUUUUAGUUUAUGAAUUGAGGGAUGAUUUAUAGAGCUAUAAAACUUCUUUAUUAAGAUUGCAAUGUUUUCAAAACUUAAAAGAAGUUGUUGAAAUGUUUAAAAAUAAUAAACUGAUUUAAUAUUAAUCCUUGGAUAUUUAAAAAUAGCUUCAGAAAAAAAAAUGA